AUGGGAGAGCUGGCAACUGAGAAACAUGUUCGCUACAUAUUAUCAGUUGAAAAGAGGAAAGAUAACUUUGAAUCUGUGGUAAUGGAGCAUCUAAGAAUGAGUGGGGCAUACUGGGGAUUGACUGCUCUCGAUCUUCUGGGAAAGCUUGAUACUGUUGAUGUUGAUGAGGCUAUUUCAUGGUUGCUAAGUUGUCAGCAUGAGUCAGGGGGAUUUGGUGGAAAUGUUGGACAUGAUCCGCACAUCCUCUAUACACUAAGUGCCGUGCAGGUGUUGGCUCUCUUUGAUAAGAUGGAUGUUAUUGAUGUAGAUAAGGUGACAAAUUAUAUUGUCAACCUGCAAAAUGAAGAUGGAUCCUUUUCAGGGGAUAUGUGGGGUGAAGUUGAUACACGGUUCUCAUACAUUGCUAUUUGUUGUUUAUCAAUAUUACACCGCUUGGAUAAAAUCAAUGUGGAGAAAGCUGUGAAGUACAUUAUAAGUUGCAAAAAUAUGGAUGGUGGUUUUGGUUGCACUCCUGGUGGGGAAUCUCAUGCUGGUCAAAUUUUCUGUUGUGUGGGAGCCCUUGCUAUAACGGGGUCACUAGAUCUUGUGGACAAGGACCUACUGGGUUGGUGGUUAUGUGAGCGGCAGGUUAAAUCUGGAGGUCUGAAUGGGCGUCCUGAGAAACUUCCUGAUGUCUGCUACUCAUGGUGGGUUCUUUCUAGCCUGACCAUGAUUGAUAGAGUUCAUUGGAUCAGUAAGGAGAAGCUUAUAAAAUUUAUCAUAGACUGCCAGGACACAGAAAAUGGUGGAAUUUCAGACAGGCCAGAUGAUGCCGUGGAUAUAUUUCAUACAUUCUUCGGGGUGGCAGGACUUUCACUUCUUGAAUAUCCAGGAGUGAAACCGAUAGAUCCUGCCUAUGCUUUACCUGUUGAUGUUGUAAAUCGGAUUUUCUUUACUAAAUAA